GUGUAGCCCUCAGUCCUCAGCCCUGAUCAGGGCAAGCAGCCAAACAUCUUGAAAUCCAUGUGGCUGGUUUCUGCUGCCUAUGAUAGGGACAUGACUGGGCGGAGGGUGUUCAACCCCACCCCACCCUCUCAUAGUUGCAAGUCUUGAGCUGAGUGGCAGACAGUUGUCUGAAAACUCCUUCCAAACACCAAUCUGGUGCUGUCUUGACCCUGUGGUGGGACCUCUUCCUCUCUGCCUGUGGGCAUGCAGGCAGGGGGCCAGUGCAUUAGGGUCUGUUUAUACAGACAAUUGGGUUGUUGGUCUUUAACCCAGAAUCCUGUCUACUUUUGGCUAGACCCCAGCCAGUCAUUGCUCUGUAGGACCCUAGGUGAACAUCAGAUAUCAGGAAGUGACCCCAUCUGAUCUAAGUGGGGAUUGUUUAUGGCCACCACACAGUGUCCACCCUCCACCCUACUGUCUGCUCCCAGCUGCUCAGCUCUUGGCACAGCCAGUGAUUUCCCAGAAGGAUAUGGGAAUGAAUCUCUUAGACUAAAUGAGUUUAUGUGCUCCCUCCAGGGCUGGCCCUUUUUAAAGAGCAAGUUAUCUGAGAAAGAAUCUCAGAUAGGGAGUGCUCUCGAGCUACCAUUGUAUGGGCUUGUCCUGAGAGUCUUGCUGCCCAUGUGGGCUCAAAGGCUCAACUAGGAGGUCUGUCUGGGUCACCCACAAGGUGGAGAAAUGGGGCCCCUUUGACCUGGUGUACGGCUCGACGCAGCCCCUAGGCAGCUCUUGUGAUCGCUGUCCUGGCUGGUACAUGUUCCAAUUCCACCGGAUCCUGCAGUAUGCACUGCCUCGCCAGGAGAGUCAGCGGCCCUUCUUCUGGAUAUUUAUGGACAAUCUACUGAUGACUGAGGAUGACCAAGAGACAACUGCCCGCUUCCUUCAGACAGAGGCUGUGACCCUCCAGGAUGUCCGUGGUAGAGACUACCAGAAUGUUAUGCGGGUGUGGAGCAACAUUCCAGGGCUGAAGAGCAAGCAUGUGCCCUUGACCCCAAAGGAAGAAGAGUAUCUGCAAGCCCAAGUCAGGACCAGAAGCAAGCUGGACGCCCAGAAAGUUGACCUCCUGGUGAAGAACUGCCUUCUCCCCCUGAGAGAGUACUUCAAGUAUUUUUCUUAAAACUCACUUCCUCUUUAGAAAUGAAUCACCAUAAGAUGAAAGUCUUUCCUAGAACCAGGGCAGAUUUCUUCCUAAGGUCUCUUCCCUCUGCAGUUUUCUCUGGUUUGCUUUCAGGCCUUGGGUUUCUCUCCUGUUUGAUUCCCAGGAUGCCUCUGUGCAGCUCACUGUGGGGGGUGGGAGGUGCCUACAGCUCUGUACAAGUUCCCGGUGGGAUAACCUGCCAUGCUCCUCUGAAACUGUGUGUACCUGUUGUGAAGUUUUUCAAAUAUAUCAUAGGAUUGUU